CUCUCUGUCGCACGGGAAGAAAGGACUAAACCUGUGCUUGUGGAUUUAGACUUGAUUUUGGCAUUAUCAAAGCCACUGUGAACUACGAACAAACCUUAUGAUUGAAGACAAAGGGAGAAUUUCACUCUAAAGAAGCUUAAUCUGACGUAUCUUGCAACAGGCCCUGUUACGGUGUGCCUUAGAAACGACACCAUGACUGAUGUGAUAAGCAUGGCGGACGUGUCAACAGACAUGACGCAUAUAAACAACACAAAAAACACGGACGAUAUAGCUGAUGCUAAUGAUACAGAGAAUACAAUCAAUGAUGAAGACCAUAAAGAAGAAACACGUGACGUGAGCAUGUCUGAAGAAGUGGAGAUGAAGAGUGUUGCAGAUGAACCAAGGAAGACCAAGUUACCAGAGAAGAAAGAGCCCAAACAGGAGACAAAGACCACCGGCAGGACGAGAAAACGAGAGAGGGUUUCCAAAACGAAUGAGGAAAACAUCACCCAAGUGGAGAAAGAUGAAGAGGUGGAUGUAUCACAUGAUAUGACAAAUAUGUCAGAGGUGGCACUAAAACAAGAGAAACUGCUUAAAACAUCUAAGCCUGUACAGAGAAGUUAUGUUCCCAAGUUGGGAAAAGAAGAUGUGAAGAAUAAGUUUGAGGCCAUGCAGAAAGCUAGAGAAGAGAGAAGCCAAAAGAGAAGUCAGGAGGAGCAAAAGAAACGCAGAGAGCAGUACGUUAAAGAGAGAGAGUAUAUUCGCAAGAAGCAAAUGAUAAAGGAACUCCUCACCUCUAGUGAUGAAGAGGAAGAGGUGAAGCCGACGAAGAUAGAAAAAUCAUAUGUUCCCAAAAUUACAGGCAGUGUGAAGGGGAAGUUUGCAGAGAUGGAGAAACAAAGGCAGGAGGAGGAGCGGAAAAGAACAGAAGAGGAGAGAAAGAAGCGCGCUGCACAGGAGGCCAUAGAGAAGGCCAAGAUUCAGAAAGAGCUGGCCAAGAAAGCCCAGGAGGAAGGUGAUGACAGUCUGCUGGUACGAGUGGUGCCUGCAAAAUCACAAACACAACCGGGAAAGAUCAAGAUGAAGUUUGAGGACUUGGAGAAGAGCAGAGAAGAGGAACUAAAGAAGCGAACUGAGGAGGAAAAGAAGAAGAGAUACGAUGAAAACCGCCGGUCGUUCCGAGAGGCCAAGCGUCGCUCAAUGAUUGAACAGCUGGACGAUGCAGAGUCUACUCCCAAGGAGAAGGAGCAGGUGACCCCAGGUAAACUGCAUCUGACCUUUGAAGAACAGGAAAAGGAGCGACAGGAGCAGCAGAGAAAACAGGCAGAGGAGGAGGCCCGACGCAAACUGCAGGAGGAAAGAAAAGCUUUUGAAGAGGCCAAGCUGGGCAUGGUUGUAAAUAGUGAUGAUGACAUCCUGCUGGCCAUGAUAAACUCAGAUGGGGCCAAACCCGGGAAGUUGGCCAUCAGCUUUGAGGAUUUGGAAAAACAGAGACGAGAAGAAGAGCAGAAAAGGAAAGAGGAGGAAGCCAAGCGACGCCUGGAAGAGGAGAAAAGACUUUUCGCAGAAGCUCGCAAGAAUAUGGUGCAGGAUGAUGAUGAAACUCUGGUGAGGACAGAGUCACAGGAAGCAAUGCACCCAGGGAAACUAGAAAUCAACUUUGAAGAGAUGCUGAAAAUGAAAGAGGAGGCAGAACGAAAACGCAAGGACGAGGCCAAACGUCAAAAAAUGGAGAUGGAGAAGAAAGAGUUUGAACAGUUGCGACAAGAGAUGGGCGAGGAUGAGAUCAAUGAAAGCUCUGAGGUGGUGAGCACCGAGUACGAGGAACUAACAAAGCUGAAGCGAACCGGCUCCAUCCAGGCCAAAACCCUGAAAUCUAAGUUUGAGAAGAUCAAGCAGCUCACAGAGGAGGAGAUCCAGAAGAAGAUCGAUGAGGAACGGGCAAGAAGGAAAGAAAUUGAUGAGAAAAUCAAGGAGAGAGAGGCAGAGCGCUGUCAGGAGGAUGAAGAUGAGGACAAAACAACUCCAGCUAAAGCAGAGGACGUCCCGUUCAGACAGAAAGUGGACAUGCGUGCGCGAUUCGAACAAAUGGCCAAGGCCAGAGAAGAUGAGCAGAAGAGAAAGAUCGAAGAGCAGAAAUUACAGAGGAUGCAAUUUGAACAACAGGAAAUUGACGCUGCUCUCCAAAAAAAAAGGGAAGAAGAGGAGGAGGAAGAGGGUAGCAUCAUUAACGGCUCAGCCGCCUAUGAGGAUGAAGAGGACCACGCCAGGUCGGGCGCUCCGUGGUUUAAAAAGCCCCUGAAGAACCAGUCGGUGGUCGACGCAGAGCCUGUGCGGUUCACAGUGAAGAUAACAGGAGAACCCAAACCAGAGAUCACCUGGUGGUUUGAGGGUGAGCUGCUGCCGGACUCUGAAGAUUACCAGUACAUUGAGAGAGGCGAGACCUACUGCUUGUACUUGCCAGAAACGUUCCCCGAGGACGAAGGAGAGUACAUGUGCAAAGCCGUCAACAGCCGAGGAACUGCCGCCAGCACCUGCAUUCUCACGAUUGAAAGUAAGCCGCCCUCCGUCUCCACUAACCACCUGCAUGCUGAGAUUUCUUAUGGCGUCACUAACCUCGAACGGACUGCACGCUCCGCUUCCACUCGGUUCUUCUUCUUCUUGUUAAUCUGUGUCUCUCUGUCUCCUUGUCUUUCUCUUUCCAGCUGA